UCGGCAGACCGGGGGUGAAUCCCGUGAGCCACUGGGAGGGGGGAUCUUUAUGGGAAUGGGAAUAAGCACGGGGCACUCCUCAGGGGGACUUUUGAGGGGCUGCUUUUGGGGCUGUUGGAGGUCAGAGGGGGGGUGUCUGAGGGUCUGGGAGCUGCCCUCUCCCACAUGGCAGCCCUGCCGCAGGUGCCGGUGCGGUUCGAGGAGGUGGCGGUGCGGUUCAGCCGGCAGGAGUGGGACACGCUGGACGAGGGACAGCGGGAGCUCUACCGGAGCGUCAUGGAAGGCAACUACGAGAUGCUGGUGUCCCUGUGUAGGCUGUGCUUGCCCCGGGGAGCUCUCUCGGGGUCACUUUUCUGCCUCUUUGCCUUUCACUGGGAUCUCUCCAGCUCUCAAAUGAUCCUCUCCAUUCCCUGUCCCCUCCGGCAGCGGUUGGAGCUUGGCAGGGAUGCGCAGGAAGGACCCUUGUGUGGUAGUGAGACAGGCUGUGGAGCUGUAGGAAGCACAGACUCACAGAAUCAUGGAAUUGCUGAGGUUGGAAAAGACCUCUGAGGUCAUCAAGUCCAGUCAUUCCCUCAGAACUACCAAGACCACCACUGACCCAAGUCCCCAAGUGC